AUGGGAAGAGCACCGUGUUGUGACAAGGCGAACGUGAAGAAAGGGCCUUGGUCUCCAGAGGAAGAUGCAAAGCUCAAAUCAUACAUCGAAACUAGUGGUACUGGAGGAAAUUGGAUUGCUUUGCCUCAUAAGAUUGGUUUGAAGAGAUGUGGGAAGAGUUGUAGGCUGAGGUGGCUUAAUUAUCUGAGACCAAACAUCAAACAUGGUGGCUUCUCUGAAGAAGAAGAAAACAUCAUUUGUAACCUCUAUCUUACUAUUGGUAGCAGGUGGUCUAUAAUCGCUGCUCAAUUGCCGGGACGAACAGACAACGAUAUAAAGAACUAUUGGAACACAAGACUCAAGAAGAAGCUUAUAAUUAAACAACGCAAGGAGCUUCAAGAAGCUUGUAUGGAGCAACAAGAGAUGAUGGUGAUGAUGAAGAGACAACAAAUCCAAACAACUCUGAUGAGACAAGACCAAACCAUGUUCACAUGGCCACUUCAGCAUCAAGUACCAAAUCUUGCCAUGAACUCAUUCUUUGACCAGGAAGAUAUUAAGCCAGUGAUCAACAAGAACAUGGCCAAGAUCAAAGAUCAAGAACUGGAGAGAACAAACGCUUUUGACCAUUUCUCCUUCUCUCAACUUUUGUUAGAUCCUAAUAAUUAUCACUCAGGAUCAGGAGAAGGUUUCUCCAUGAACUCGAUCUUGAGUACCGACACAAACUCCCCAUUGCGUAACACUAGUAUCAAUCAUCAAUGGUUCGGGAAUGUCCAUGACGAAGCCAUCGAUUUGUGUGCAGGAGCAACAAGUACUUCGGCAGAUCAAGGCACGAUAAGGUGGCAUUAA